GUCAUGGGGGCGGAGCGUGUGCGCUCCCGGCACUUCCGGGUUCCCCGGCCGGAGACGCGGAGCCGUGACCCCGUCCCGCUGCUGAGGGGUGCGAGCUGCCCGCCCAGCCGGAUGGCACCAGGGACAUCCACGGGGAAACUCCAGCUCUGGCAGUYCAAACCAACACAAAAACUGGGAAUAUAAACCCGGCAGCAUCUUGCCUCAACACGCUGGGGCUUUCACAACCUGUUUGGCCUGUGCCUGGUGGCUCCAGCAGCUGCAGUACCACAGAAAAUCAACCCCAGCUCUCUCUGCGGCUCCAGCUGGUUGUGACCUGGUGCAGGAGUAACAGGCUGGAGGGAAUUCCCUUUUUGCAGUGUCUGGGAAGCACAGUCACCGUCCAGGCUGGGAGCUCAGUGGCUGCUCCUCCUCCCCCCGCUGCUCUUGGGCCCCCGUGGGGCAGAAGCUGGACGGGUUCAUCAGCAGUGAUGCUUCCCCAGCCACCACCAGGUGACAUGUGAAGGUGACACCCGGCAGUGGAGAUGCAUUCCAGCCACCCUGAGGAYCCCAAGGGAGCCAUCCAGCUGAUCAAGAAGCAGUUGGUGAACGCCAUCAAGGCCCUGCAGAAGCAGUACGCCAGCUCGGACGCCGCGGUCACCAGCGAUGACAGCAAUGCCAACGCGCUCUGCAGCGCCCUGGAAGCUGUGUUCGUGCACGGGCUCAAGGCCAAGCACAUCAAGGCAGAGGCUGGGGGCAAAGGGAAGAAGUCAGGGGGUCGGGGCCCCCUCCCCCAGCCGGUGUUUUGGGGCCUGCUGAAGGGCAUCACGCACCGGAAUAUCGUCUCGGAGCUGGAGCAGCUGAUGUUCAUCAACACGGAUGUGGGGCGCUGCCGUGCAUGGCUGCGGCUGGCGCUCAACGACGGCCUCAUGGAGUGCUACCUGAAGCUGCUGCUGCGCGACCACGCCCGCCUGCCCGACUACUACCAAGCACCAGCGCUGCUCCUGGACGCUGAGGAGUGCGAGUUCCUGCUCUGCUACCUGCAGGGUUUGUCGUCCYUGACCUUCGAGCUGUCCUACAAGUCGGCAGUUCUGAACGAGUGGACCGUGACCCCACUGUCGCUGUCAGGGCUGUGUCCCGUGUCCGAGCUGCCGGAGUCCCCGGCGCCCUCRGCCGCUGAGCCCCGCAGAAAGGCAUCACUAGGCUCCAUCUCACAGUCCUCAGGCUCGGAUGAGAUUGAGAUCCAAGCCCCUGUCCUGCCCAUCAGCAAGGCCAGCAGCAAGAUGAAGCUGACGUCGUCCUCGCUGAGCCUCAACACCACGAGCUCAUCGCAACUCUCGUCCAGCCUGGGCUCCGACAGCCUCCCCCCGGCRCCCUGCGCCCGCAGCCCCGAGCGCGGCGAGGAGCCACUGUCCUGUGACUCUGACCUGGGCACGGCCACUGCUGAUGACCUGGACAGGUCCUUGCAAGAGGUGUUGUCUGAGUUCAGCAAGGCCAGGCUGAGCCCGGAUGCCCCGGAGGUUCGGCUGCUCCCCGGUGUGCUGGGCAGCUCCCCCCGACCACCCGCCGGACCCCCAGCACCAACCCAUGGAAUGCGCCAGGAGCCUCCCUGCGGCGGUGACAUCCCUGCUCAGAAGGGUGACCCCGUGCCCCCCGGCCCCGGGAAUGGAGAUACCGGAAUUCCGGCCCCUCGGGAUGGUCUGGGCCGAACCGAGAGCGGCGGCAGCGAGGGCAGUUCCCUCUCUCUUUCCCCAUGGCUGAGGUACUUGAGAUCUCCUCUGCUGUCACCUCGGAAGAGCUGGAUCUCCGAGGAUGAUUUCUAUCGCCCAUCCCCAGGACAGAGCGGCCAGAGCGCGGCCGACACCAAUGGCUUGGGACCGGAGGGGGACGGCGAGGGGCCAGCCCCGGGRCUCAUCAGUGCUCUGGACCUGGAGAGGCUCUCGGUGCCAUCCUCGGACACCGGGAAGGCCAAARCAUCCCCGGAGCGGGAGCAGAAGGGUUUCAGCGUGGUGCACCGCCGGCAGAUGGGUCUCUCCAACCCGUUCCGUGGCCUGCUGAAGCUGGGCAGCCUGGAGCGGCGCGGGGCCAUGGGGAUCUGGAAGGAGUUCUCGUGCGAGCUGUCGCCGCUGGAGCUGCGGCUCUUCCUGGAGCACGAGGAGCGCAUCUGCRUGGAGAGCUACUCCCUGCUGCGCUGCGAGUCGCUGGCGCUCACCCACUCGGACGGCCGCUUCGAGCUGGUGUUCCUGGGGAAAAAGCUCUCGCUGCGAGCCCCUUCRCGGGACGAGGCUGAGGACUGGCUGGACAGGAUCCGCGAGGCGCUGCGCGAGUGCCGGCCGCAGCUGGACGAGGAGGACUGGGAGACGCUGGAGUAUGCUGAGGAUGGGGGUGAAACCCAACCAGUUCUCUCCAGUGCUGUCCAGUACAGUGACGUGCCUGGGAACGGCUUGGACUGGACUCCAGCUCCGGAGCCAGAGCUGGAUGCCAUCAAAGAGGCUGUUCUGUACAUGGACGUGGACAAARCCUGGGUCCCUUUUGUUUUCUCCCUGUCUCUGGAAACUCUGAAAUGCUUUAAAAUCAGGAACAGUGACAAAAUUUUAAGCAACAGUUAUGGCAUAGAGACCAUCCAGGACAUCCUUCCCGACACCAGCCUGGGGGGACCCUCCUUCUUCAAGGUGAUCACCUCCAAGGCYGUGCUGAAGCUGCAGGCCCAGAGUGCCGAGGAGGCGGCCUCGUGGCGGGAGCUGGUCCGAGAGGUGCUCAUGUCCUACCUGGAGAGCGCCGAGGAGGCGUUGACCCUGGGGGGCAGCCUGGACGGGCACUCCCAGGUGGUCCUGAAGAACAUUGUGAAGGAGAACGGCUUCCUGCUGCAGUACCUGGUGGCCAUCCCCACUGAGAAGGGUCUGGACUCGCAGAGCUUCAUCUGUGCAGGCUGCUCCAGGCAGAUCGGCUUCUCCUUCGCCAGGCCCAAGCUCUGCGCCUUCUCGGGGCUCUACUACUGUGACAGCUGCCACGGGGACGAGGAGAGCAUCAUCCCCUCACGCCUCAUCCACAACUGGGACCUCAGCAGGCGAGGGGUGUGCAAGCAAGCGCUAAAGUUCCUCACACAGAUCCGGAACCAGCCGCUGAUCGACCUGAAACUGGUCAAUGAGAGCCUCUACGAGCACGUGGAGAGGAUGGGGCGGAUCCUGCGCAGCCGAGAGCAGCUCAAGCUGCUGGGGGAUUACCUCGUCAUGUGCCGCAGCGGCGCCCUCAAGGAGCUCAGCAAGCGGCUUGAUCACAGGCAUUACCUCCUGGAGUGUCCCCACAAAUACAGCGUGGCUGACCUGAGGCAGAUCGCCGACGGUGCCUUUGAGAGCUUCCUGCAGUCGCUGCUCCAGUUCGCAUCACACCACGUCUACAACUGYGACCUGUGCACGCAGCGCGGCUUCAUCUGCCAGAUCUGCCACAGCAGUGACAUCAUCUUCCCCUUCGAGUUCGACACUACCACCAGAUGCAGCAAAUGCAAAACCGUCUUCCACCGGGACUGCCAUGCCCGGGCCCCAUCAUGCCCGCGCUGCGAGCGGCGGCAGCGGUACCAGCGGCAGCUGGAGGCCGGCACGGAGCCCAGCACGGAGCCCAGCCUGUAGCCUGGCACUGCCCUGGACAUUGCCCUCGGGCCUGUCGUGGCCCCGCCCUGGGGACAGGGACAAUGUGGGGUGGGUGCUCCUGCCUCGUGGAGGGACCCUCUGCCCACCCAGGGCCGAACUAAGGGGUGGGAAAAUCCACCCCCCUCACACUAACCGGGUGCUGUUCCCUGUCACCCUCCUGGUGCCAAUGUCCCCUCCGUGUGGAACCCAGCGGCUCUGCAGGGUGUCAGCCCAGAUUUCCAGUCAAGGGUGUGGAGAACUGACGUUGCUCAAAGCUCUAGUUUUUUAGGAUGUUCGAUACUGAAAACCGGUAUUUUUUUACACGGGGGUUUUGCACAACUGGGCUGCUCUGGGUGAUGGAGCCAAUGCAGGGAGGGGACAAAGUGACACUUGUGCCUUUUAGGGACCUGCGUGCCCCAAUGGGACCGCGGGUGCCCCGAGCAUCUCCUGCUCCGAGAGCCCGCCCAGCGCCGGGGAGAGCCGGGGAGAGCCGGCCGCUCCUCCCCGCCUGCUGCUGCUCAUCCGCGGGAGAAAUUUUAUUUUCCUUUAACCCCUCCCCACGCAAAAAUAAUUAAAGUUUAUUUAACAACAAGUGAAGCAAUUGUUGGGGUUUACU